AAAUUUAUUUAACAUUCAAAAAAUCAUAAUUAAAAAAGAAGAUAUAUUUUUCAUCACAAAUAAAAAAAAAGAAGAAAUUUCUAAAUAAACAACAAAUACCUUAUAAAGAGGAAUAAAACCUAAUAAAUUAACAAAAAAACUAUAAAAUAAAGAACCAUCAUGUCAUAAUUUGAACAAGAAUUGCUUAAUUUCUCCCGCGAAUUCUAGUAAUAGCUCCAAUAAACCGAAUAGCUCGUUUUUCAAAGUCUCAGUGGCGUCGAAUAGAGAUGCCUCAGCGAUAGCAGAGAUGAUGUUGAAAGAUUUGUCACCUGUAUGAACAAAGCCACUGAUAAAAUUAGCAGUGAAGAAAAAAAGUUUGAAUUUAGAAUGGCUUUCCUCCAAAAUGAAACUUAUAACUGUUUUAAGGCAAAUAAUAAUAGCGGUAAAUAUGAUAUUUGCAAGUAAAAUGCCAAAAGUAAUGUUAAGCGUUAUCUUGAUGAUUUCAUCAGAGAAAUUUAAAAUUGA